UUCUUGCGCCUUGCAAGAGUUUUUGACACGAUGCCCGGCAUGGAUCGUUACGCUGCGGAAAGCCGCCGUCUACAGUCAAUGUCGAUGCCAUUCCUCAAUGAGGAGCUCAUGAAGGGAACGCCCAGGUUCAGGGGCCAAGACCUGAGGGACCCUCGGCUUCGACGCAGCACACUAGAUCCAAAGGCGAUUGUGUUCGAGUCUCGACUUGGGGGCGGCUCUGACGGUUUCGUCUGGAAGGUCAGGUUUGGCGACGAGGGACCGUUUGCACUAAAAGUUUACUGGGACCAAGUGCCUCCACACGAGCCUGGUUCGUACUACUCAAUGCAGAGGGAGUGCCAAAACGCCGCCGUCUUCCAGAUGAUGGAGGCGUCCUUGGAUGUCGACCCAGUAUUGGUGUACGAACAGCCCUUGGGCAGGAAAGAGGCCAUAGAGAACUACUUCUCAUUCUGCGAGGAGAACUGCUACCCCAAUCUUAUACCCAACAGCGGCAAGCCGGUUGCCCUUCCAGGGGCCAAAUUCAUCUCGACAUUGCCACGCCUUACCAAGUGCUAUGGCUGGCUAAAGCUGCGCAAAGACCUCUGGUCUAGCCUCCCAGACGACAUGCAGGCUUCGCACGAGGAUCCCAACAAGGUCAAGAAGCUCAUGUCGAGUCAUUUGAACUGCAUCGGGGUCGUCUACGAGCUCAUCGAGGACGGUGAAAACGAUGCGGCCGCCAUCGCGGAACUGGACAGGUUCCUCUGGCAAGCCGGCUUUGCGUUUACGAUUACUCCGAAUCUGAAGGACUGGAAGAGCGGCAUCAUGAUCGACCAUGCCGGCAUUGUCCACGUCCGCGGAUACGGAUGGAACGAGGACGAUUACUUGAAGAGAUGCGUCUCGGAUAUGCUGGCGAAACUAGAUGACCAGACGAACAGCCAAGGCGAUGAGCCUCUUGGGGCCAAAUAGCUUUCGAUGAGCCUCGACAAAUUUUCAACAAUCAUCACGUAUCAAGAGUGCGUGACAGGAGCGUGAUUGGGCUGCUCCGUAUGCAUAAAAUGGGUUACGAGGGACAACUUCUUUUUCUGGGAUCAUGUACCGAUGGGAUAGACUACUUGGGACAAGGAUUUGGCUGUGUGCACCAGAUUGUGAUUGUACGGCACCAGUCAGCGCAAAAGGGAUUACUGUUUUUGAUAUGUAUCUGAAUCUGAUCUUUCAUGUUUUUUUUG